AUCCGUUAAACAUCAUCCAGCAUUAUCAGUUACUGAUUGUCCUUAGAAAGAAAGAACAAUUUUUCACUCGGAUUUACAACGCAAAUAUACCGAAGAUGGUGCGCGCUUGGUACAUGGACAACGAGCUAACUGAUCAACGAUUGGAACACCAAUUGAAUCCACCAAAGUUCCUGACAUUGGACGAGCUGUUCGAAUGCACUGGUGUGGAAUAUUUUAAGAUUAAUAUUCCAACGUUCGACACGGAUGGGGUGCUGGGCAAAAUCCGCAAGGACCGUGGCUAUUCGUAUGAGGACGAAAUCACCUGCUCCGAAGAGUGCUUACCCGAUUAUGCGAAUAAGCUGAAGAUAUUCUUCACUGAACACUUGCACACCGACGAGGAAAUACGCUUGGUCAUGGAUGGCUCAGGCUAUUUCGAUGUGCGCAAUGGCCAAGAUGAUGCUUGGAUCCGAAUCGAGGUCGUGGGUGGCGAUCUGAUCAUCAUUCCCAGCGGAAUUUAUCAUCGUUUCACUCUCGAUUCAAAAAAUUACGUCAGAGCUAAGCGAUAUUUUGUUGGUGAACCGGUAUGGCUACCCUACAAUCGUCCCGCCGAUGAAAUGAAGUGCCGAAAGGAAUACCUGAAACGAUUGGAAACUGGAUUUGCAGCCUAAGAGGAGCGGAUCGGAAACAUGACAAUCACACUAAUCAUUCGGUGAAUGCUAAAAAGAAAAAGGCUAAUCUUCAUAGAGCUAUAUUAAAUGUUACCCAGUGUUUUGCAUUUUCAUACAAUUUCUUACUGAGUCCUAUGGUGCAAAGCUCCUAGAUCAUUUA